AUGAAAGCUCGUAAAAUUUUAAUUACCGUAGCCAUUCUGGCUUCACUGCUUGCUUACCGAUAUUAUUCUCAGAGAACCAUGGAAUUUUUAAUUGAAGAAGAUCAAAUGUGUCUACAGAGGGAAUGGUAUGAAAGCUCCCAAAUAAACUCAACCGCCGAUUAUGGAAAUUCUUAUCAAAUUUCAUUUUCCGACGUCCAGAGCACAUUCAAAUGGAUCCAUAUUCCAAAAAUAAGCGGUUCUCCUGAAAUCUUAUUGAUCGUCCUAUCGAGGCCUGACGACUUUUCUAGAAGAAAUGUUAUAAGGCAUACGUGGAUGAGUCAGGAAAAUGAGAUAAAAUACUUGUUUCUGAUUGGAUUAGGUGCUAAUAUGGACGGAAAAAUUAAAGAAGUUGUGAUGGCGGAAGCAAAAUUGUUUGGGGACAUUGUAGUGACAUCUAUGGAAGAUCGGUAUUCCAAAUUAUCGUUUAAAACCCUGACGCUGCUUCUCUUCGGGGUCUCCAAAGUCCCGUCAGCCCAGCUAAUUGGAAAAAUUGACGGAGAUGUUCUCUUCUUUCCGAAUUUAUUCUUAUCGACUAUAAAAAACGAAAAUUCUAUGAUUAACGUGACAAGUGCAAGUGUUUAUGGAAAAAUUGCCGAAGCUGGAGUGCCGAUUGUGUCCAACUGCUGCAAACGAUUUUUAAAGUACAAUUUCAGACGAAAUUCUCUGAUUUCGUUUGGAUGCACGAGGUACGCUUUCUAUCUUGCUGGUCCAUUCUACUUGGUGACAAGAAGUGCUGCUUUACGAUUACUAGAAGCUUCAAAACAUAGAAAUUUUCACAAGAUCGAAGAUACCCUCAUCACUGGAGUUCUGGCUGAUGAUACUGAUGUGAGCAGAGUACAGCUUCACCGGAUAAAUUUGGGCCAAGAGAAGGGAACUGAUUUGGUUUUUGCAUGGCAUAGCCCGCUAAAUGAUCCGGAGUACAAAGAUCUUUACUACAAAACUAUGAGCUCACAGCAGUUUAAAGAAAAAUUGCGAUUACAAGAAAUAAAUGUCACUUGACUUUAAAAAAAAGUUUUCCUGUUUCUUAAAUUGCCGAUAAUUUUAUUUCAACACGAUUUACAUUUUUUUUUAUUAGAUGUUUAUAAAUUACGGGCAAAU